AGCACACAGAGCACAUCCAUGCGGUUUCGACUAUGCGCAGCCUGCCACGCAGGCCAAGUGGUGUCAGGCUCGAUGAAAUCGGAGCCGCGCGGCCUGCAGCGGCCGAUACCAAUGAGGCUUCGUUAUUUUUCAAGACGAAGAAGGCAACUGUUGCCUUCGGUCUUGGCGUGGUGUUUGCCUCGGGGUGGCUUAUAGCUGCAUCGCAGGGAAUCCUGGAGAAGUUCAAAUUUAUAUAUAUUCAGCCAGCUGGGAUGGAGAAGAGUUUGUUAGUCUUUCAUAUCAUUGAGCAGUUUGGUGGAGCUUCCAAAAGUUUGAUGCAAUUCCUUAUUUUGGCAAACCGUACUGGGCGGCGCCCAGUGCUCCCGGGUAUAGCUGAGCGUGGGAUCACGGACCGGACCAUCUACCGGUCGGCUGACCGCAGCAACGUGGAAGAUUUGGAUCAAUUCCUGGACUUGGGAAACCUGGAGUGCAAAAGCAACGCAAACUGUGCAAAGAUGAGCAACAGUGCACGUGACCAUGGAAGACUAGUCUCCAAAACCUUUGAAAGGUGGAUGAAGGUGGCGUGAAAGUGUGUAGAAAAAUGAACCAGCUUUGGAGUCGACUGAAAGUCAUUCCGGUGAGCAUUUAGGAAGCACGGGUGAUCCUUUUGGCCUUUGGGUUCAAGAAGUCGAGUCAGGGUGAUUUUGCCAGUUAGGUCGGAGGCCAUUGCUUCUACGUUGGAGGCCAUGGCUCUUAGGUUGGAGGCCAUCGCUAUUAGGAUGGAGGCAAUCCUUUCAAAAAAGGAUCGAAGCGCAUCCGAGGAAGCCUUACUUUGGACCCCGGAUUGCCGGCGCGAGGGUUCCGAGAACAUAUCAAUGAGAAAGGGAAGAUACUGGACGCAGUGGUCUUCAUUGUGUUGAACCCUUUUCAAAGGCCACGUUUCAGCCACUUGAAUCAAAAGGGUGUGGUUCAGGAGUGCGUGGGGAUGUGGAACCGUUGCCGCCGGAAACCGCUGCAUUGUGGCGAAUACUUCAUGUGGAUCUCAGACAUGCGUGGCCUGGAUUUCUGGGAGUUGGCACCAGGUGGCAAGGCCUGGUGCGUACAUCACAACUUCCUUCGAUGGAACGAGACUUUAGGAGAUUGGUUCGACACCUUCUUCCAGGACGCCCCCAACGUGGCCAUCAUCAACUGGGUCGGGGCCGUGAGUCCACCUUGCCACAGUUCGAAUCGCGUGUGUUCCGCACAGGAGGACUCGCAGGGUGAGGCGGGAAGCAUUGAGUUCUAUAUGCAGCGCCUGCGUUUGAGCAACAACAUUUUGCAGCUCGCAGACCGGUUUCUGGCCAGUCAUCCUGAGCUGAGUGCAAGCAGUGCACGCACAGGCUACAACUCCGUGCAUUUACGGGCAGAGAUGGUGCUGAACUACCGCUACUUAAGUCCAAAAUGCAAUGAUUCCGGAGUGUACACCUGGUUUGCAGACUUGAAGAGGAAUAUCAGCGCCUGGAAUGGAACCUGGUUCCGCGCCAGAGAUCUCAAGCCUGGCGGCUCGCGCACGCUGGCCCGCUACGAUCCAGAAAUCUACCAACGCCUGGAAAAGCUUGAAUUUGACCUUUGGCGAGACGCUCCCGCCACUUUUGUCGAGAAUGACUGUGGAUCUCUGCGGGGAGUCAAGUGCUUCUUACUGGAUGUGGCAAUUCUGUCACGAGGACGACAACUGUUCCUUUGGGGUUCCAGUGGGGGUGUAGACUUGCUCUGCCGGAUCGAACGCAAGCGGUUGGGGAUGCCGAGAAAAUCGACAUUUCGCAGCAUGUUGACGCCAGAAGGUUGCUGAGACAAAGGCCGGUGUCCAAUCCUAAUGGCUUUGGGCAUCGGCAAAAAGGAC